AUGGAGUACACGGUAGCCAACGGGUCCUAUUUUGGGAGUAGUGAAACAAUGUGUACUCCACUACAUAUUAUAUACCCGUUACCAACUCCGGUCGCUUCUGAUAACUUUGAUGGAAGUAAUUAUACAAAUUUACCACCGAUUUCUAGUCCACCUUUGCGUAAUGACGCCAAUUACCAACAACAGUAUCAACCAUUUAGCCUCAUGCAAAUGAACGGACGUAAAGUGCUUGGUCCACCAGAGGAUUGGCAAGGUUCUCCCCCGUCAAGUGCAUGCGAGCUUUUUGUACGUCGAAUUCCACGAAAUAUAGACGAACAGAGACUUAUACAACCAUUUUUACGUUUUGGACAAAUAUAUGAAAUGCGUUUGCCGAUGGAUUUUAAUCAGGCAAAUCGUGGUUACGCAUACGUCAGGUACACCACUGAGGAGGAGGCAAAUUGUGCUAUGGAGGUGCUGAAUCAUUUUUAUGUUGCACCUCAUCGUAAGUUGGAGAUUUUACAAUCGUAUGAAAAGUGCUGUUUAUUUGUGAGCAAUAUACCGAAAUAUUUGGAUGAAAUAGAGAUCGAAGAAAAGUUACGAACCGUGUUUCCAACUAUGGAACGAAUAUAUAUCCAAGUAGGCAAUUCAGGUAAAAAGAUUAUUGGGGAUCACGGCAAAAACGAUGAAGUCUGUAAUCAAGAAAUGAGAGGCACAAACAACGAUUGUAAGAACCGUGGAUAUGCUGUCAUUCACUUCCCGUCACACCUAGAAGCUUUAGAAGCGAAGAAGAGCACAACACCAGGUGUGAUUCGAAUGUGGAACCGUGACUUAAAAGUUGUUUGGGCAAACACUGAACGCGAUACUGAUACGUCGAAAUCGAAUAAAACACUUUUUGUUCGAAAUGUGGAUCUUUGCAUUAACAAACGUGACAUUAUGGAUAUGCUUGUGAAAUUCAUUCCACGUCAGGAGAUUAGAAAAGUUACGAAAGUUCGGACAAUCGCAUUUUGUGAUUUCACAACUCGUGAGGCGGCUGAAAAGUGUUUACAAGAGUUACAGGGAACAAUAUUACAAGGCCAAUGUCUCAGUAUUGAAUGGGCUAAACCAUCGGAAAAGCAAUCUUUGCAUCGUAUGUGUAGGACAGAUUUCGAUGCCAUGCUUCGUCUUAAAUGCAUAGCCAACUGCUGGCAAAUACCAGUCAUAAUUUUCGGCACCUACUUCGAACGUGAAGAUCUUCAGUACGGCGCGGUCAUGAUGCGGAGCGCAGUUGGUACAGCGCGGUCUAUUUUCUGCGUACUCCAGUGCCAAGAACUUGUUGACAUACAUUCGCGUAUAUGUGAAGUGGUCUGUGUUUUAUUGGAAACGAUUGGAACUUUUCCAGACUACAACUACUUCUUCUUUGUAGAAAGUGACAAUGCACAUCUUUUGGGAAUAGUGACAAAUGACUGCCAUUCAGUGAGCUUCAUCGCAUCUCAUCAAGUACCCCAAAAUAUGCAUUUCGAUUUAAAUGAGAUUAUCGACAUGAGUUUGGCCAUUUCGAAUUUGGCUGCCGUUGAAGAAGAUGUACUACUUCAGGCUUAUCAUGAGAGUUUUCAUUUGCCCACCACCGCAACAUACUUACCAAAUUUGGUAAUUUCUGGCUAUCGAAUUUUCGGCACAAUUUUUCCCAAAUACCGAAAUAAACCACCGCUAGCUCACAAUCUUAACGAUACACAGAUAGUAUUAGCCCUAUGCUAUUUAAUGACCGGCACAAAUACAGUGUUGCCUAGCCGACCUUAUAUUGCCUAUCCAGUAUCCUCAUUCGAUAAUGGAUAUGAAAGAUUACGAUUCGUCUCACUUAAACUCUUGCCCAUUGCUGUCACGCAAUCACGUUAUUUGGUGCAUCAGGCGCUCAACCAUGUGCAAUUUGGUAAUGUGCACAACUUUCACCCAGCGCAACGUUUCAAAACCCGUCCGCUAUGGAUCACAGGCUGUUCUUACGCCAAAUCACUUAAACAACCCACACCAGCACAAAUAAUGCAUGUGAAUGAACAAGGAGCUCAAGAUCAACAAUAUAACAAUAUAUCUGGCAGUGCUUAUAUGCCAUCUACUUAUGCCUCUUCUAGCGUUUUAGCGCCAAUAUCUAAAGAAUCAACUCGGACGACUUUCGGAGUCAAUUGA